AUGGUGCUUCGCAUUGCAAGUCAUUUGCAACAACAAAAAAAACAACAGAACAAGGAAAAUAUCAACAUCAGACCAACCUAUUUGAAAGCACCAACAAUAUUUUCAACCAUGGACGAGAACCCACUUGCUGAGUCAUACUCCAUGGAUAUACCCCAUGUUGGUGCAAUUGAAUUACCGUUAAACAUCAAAAAUGAAGCAAAGGUCAUUAAUGCCCUUGGUGGGAAGGACAAGAUUUCUGAUGCAAUCAAAAACUCCGAUGUUCCCCUUGAGCUACGAUUUAGAAAAGACCCAUUCCAUCACCCUGUCCAGGCAACUACAUCCACCAAUGAACGUAUUUUGAUCAAAGUUUCAAUACCAAAAAAAGUGGUGAAGCAGAAUCAGACAGCACUGGUACGCGAAUUAAUUGAAAAGAAUAACAUUGAUAAAACGACUCCCAAAACAAAAGUACAACCGAUUGCUAUUGUUGAUAAGACAUUUAGGUUUAGGGCAAUGAGUGAUUUCCAAGUGAUUACUAAGAAUAACGCUGACGUGCAAGAUAUCACCAAAAAUGUACUUGAUGCAACAAAUUACGAAUCGUUAAAGUACUAUGUUGAAAAGCACAACAAUUUUCAUGGCUAUAUGGAUAUGAAUAACGAAUAUUUUGAAAACAAAGACCACAAUUUACCACCACCCCCAAUAUUUUCACCAAUAAAAUACCCCUAUGACUAUCGAUAUCAAAGGAAUCCAAUUACAUCAACCAUCAAAGAUGAGAAAAGCGGGGAGAUUAAAGUCGUAUCUAAAAAGACUCCUUUCAAGCUACAUACAAUUCUAAUUGACAUAUCAACAGACCCGCCGACUCAGCCGCCUUCUAAGUUAACAACAAAUCUAAACAAAUUGUUAAGUCAGAAACUACCAGUCAACAGUCCCGACUAUUUGCUUAUCAAGUGCAUUGAAUGGUGCAAGGAAGUGUUUUCUAUCAAGCCCAUUUGGAUUAGGCGUCAGUUGUACGAUAUCAUUCCUGAGGGGCUAAACCGAAGUUUGAAAUUUGCAUUACCAUACGUUACUUAUAUUUAUCGAUCAGGUCCUUGGCGAUUUUGCAAUAUUAAAAUUGGAGUCGAUCCACGAACAGAUUCAAGUUUUUGGCGAUACCAAAAUGAAUAUUUUCGAGUGGUUGGGGUUCGAAAUUCAUCACAAGAUUCGCUGAAGAAGGUUGUACCAAAAACGUUGGAAAACGCUCCAUUUCCUAUUGAAAUAUCACAGAAUUUGUUAUUUGACGGUGUUAACUUACCCUCAGCCGUGACGUAUCAAAUUGGAGAUAUUUUGGAUUUAGAUAUCACUUCAAUAAUUGAAAAUCAUAUGACGAGUAUGGGAAAAGAUUUCAUUCGUGAUAGUUUGGAUGUACUGGAUGGGUGGAUUAAUAAAACUACAAUGAAUUUGAUUAGACGUAUAAUGAGGUAUAAAUUACAACAAUUGGUAAAGGAGGAACCAAUCGAUCAAAGCAAGAUUUAUAAGAUGUCAAAUACUGAUUUUGUUAGGGAAGAGACGUUUGCUGACGACGCCAAAGUGGAUGACGAGGACACAAAGAUGGAAGUUUAUGAUUCUGAUGAGGGUGAAGAAGAGGAGGAGGCGGAGGAGGAGGAGGAAAAGGGUGCAAAAGAGGAAAUGGAGCUUGAGAAGAAGAUCGAUAAAGGAGAUAACGCGCUAGGAGGUGAUACAAUUAAAGAUCCUGAUGCCAUGGACGUUGAUGUCAACGUUGACGAUAUUUUCACUCGUCUCAGUAAUAUGAAUCAAGACACAGCUAAUUCGUUGCGCCAUUUGGUAGGGUUUAUUCGACAAGAUGAUUUAAGUAAUGAUUAG